UACACAACCACAUUAUUUGCGUACGGCAUACACCUCAUUGCUUAGCUUCAGAGUUUGGAGCGUAGGCAGCUCUCACUUAUCCUCCAUUACCCCUAUGCUCCGCGCGGACAAUCUCCGGUCAAUCAGCCAGCGAUGGCCGUGUCGUGAGAUCCAGACCAGACAGCUCGCCUGUCUACUUGGACCUGGGAUAUCUAGUCCUUCUACGGUUGUCGUCCACGGUAUCUCCGCGACAUGCAAGUCAACAAUUGUCCGCGCCGUCCUCUCCGCCCUUGCGGUGCCGCACGCCAUUGUUCGGAGCACGGAGUGUAUCACAGGUCGCCAUCUACUGACGAAGAUUCUUUGGGCGACGCUGGAGGCAUUGGGCCUCAAGGAUGAGUGGGAGAAGUUCGGAAAGGGCCGGUGCGAGCAUGUUAGUACGCUCGCGGUGCUGCUUGCCGAGUCCCUCGCUUCGAAUGCCGGGAAGAAGACAGAGAAGUUUGUGCUUGUGCUGGAUGAGAUCGAUAGGCAGCGGGAGGCGCCGCAGACGCUUCUUGCUGCGCUGGCUAGGCUUGGGGAGGUGAUCCCCUCGCUGUGUGUCGUUUUGAUCCUCAGCUCGACACCGCGCCCUCUUUUCUUGCAGUCUGCCGCUGUCCCGCAUAUCAGCUUCCCUCCAUACACGCGCAAAGAGGCAACUACCAUCAUCCUGAACUCCGAAUCACCCCGUGUCUACGGACUCCCGCAGGAAACCGCCGCGAAGCUAUACCCCCAUUUCGUAUCGGCCGUCUACGACUCGCUGGUCGGGCCCACGGCCAGCUCGAUACCUACCUUCCGGUCAAUAUGCGAGAAACUCUGGCCGCAGUUCGUCUCGCCAAUCGUCACCGGCGAGACAGCCCCGGGAGGCAACGAAUGGGACUUCUCCCGGCUGCUGGUCAAGAACCGCGCGCUGUUCCGCCAGCAAGGCGAAGCAGCGCUGGUGCACCACAUCCGUCUGCCCCUCCCCACUGCCUUCCCUCCCUACUUCCCUACUCUAAUCCUCACCUCCGCCUACCUCGCCUCACACACCCCUCAACGCCUCGACACGAUCUUCUUCUCCAAAUUCUCCUCGUCCUCACUAUCGGCCCGCAACAAGCGCGCCCAUCACAGACGACGCCUGAAACUCCUCUCCCAGGCGCAGGCCGAAGACGCCCGAGCAGCCCGCCAAAACGCCUCCACACCAGGCAAGAAGGGUAAGAGGCAGAAGACGCGUAUCACAAAGUCGACGCUCGAGCGCCCCGGUAUCACCGGCCCGUCUACAAUCCUCACUGCCCGUCCGUUUCCUCUGGAGCGAUUAAUAGCUAUCUACCAUGCUAUAGACCCUAAUCCUCCUGCAAACCCUAUCCGUAUGACGGCUGUGGCUGAUGCGAUAUACGCGGAGCUGGCUACGCUCCGGCGUCUGCGGCUGGUCGUGCCUGCGGCGGGUCGGGAUAGCUCUAGUCGCAUGGGAGCGGGGGCUGGGGGUUCGGGCGGCGGUAAUACGACCUCUGAUGCUGGUGAGAAAUGGUGUGUUAAUGUCUCUGGCGAUUGGAUCGGGGAAAUGGCCAAGGGGAUCGGGGUGGAAGUUGGGGAAUGGCUAGCAGGUGGAUUGGAUUGAAGACGGUCAGUCGACUAUAUGGGUUCAUUCAUUAGAGUACCCAUUGCUGGCUUAUAUCCACAGAAGUGAUGUUACAUCAUAACUCAUGAUAACGCGAUGACUCAAAAAAUAAAAGGCCUAGUUCUAGGCUCAUAUUAUCCGUCAUGGAAUGCCAAUAUCC